AUGUUUGUCUUUUUAAGCUACCUUUGCUUCUCGCAGUCAGCUGAUAAGACAACAGCCUCUGGCGUUGCCGGAGAGCAUGUUAAUAAUGCAGCUGAAGGCUUUUAUGGCAAGAAUUUAGUCAACCCACUUGCCUACCAGAGACCAGGCACAUUUGAAAUUGCCCGUAAUGAAAAGAUCCACAAUGUUGUUUUCGAUAACCAAUUAGAAGGCUCAAAGGCCAUCGCUCGCGAAAUUGCAUCCAUCAUCCGCGAGAAAAACGCUCAGGGCAAGAAGGCUGUCUUAGGUCUUGCUACAGGAUCCUCCCCAAUCAAAGCUUACCAAGAAUUAGUUCGCAUGCACAAGGAAGAAGGCUUAUCCUUCAAGAAUGUCAUCACAUUCAACCUUGAUGAGUACUAUCCAAUGGAGAGAGAGAAUGAUCAGAGCUACUACUAUUUCAUGCACUAUCAUCUCUUCAACCACAUCGAUAUCGACGAGGCUAACGUCCAUAUCCCAGACGGCCGCGUUGACAGAGCCCAUGUUGAAGAAUUCUGCAAGCAAUAUGAUCAAAUGAUCCUUGAUGCUGGUGGCUUAGAUUUCCAGCUUCUUGGCAUCGGCAGAACUGGCCAUAUUGGCUUCAACGAGCCAAGAUCCAACAUCAACUCCGGCACAAGACUCCUUACACUCAACCAUCUCACAAGAUCUGAUGCAGCUCCAGCUUUCAAGGGCAUCAAGAACGUUCCAAAGCAGGCUGUCACAAUGGGUGUUCACUCUGUUCUCGGCGCCAAGCGUAUCAUCCUCAUGGCAUGGGGCUAUAACAAGGCAUCCGUCAUCAAGCGUGCUAUCGAAGGCGAGAUCUCAACAGAGCUCCCAGCUACAUACUUACAGACCCAUAACAACGCCACCAUCGUCAUGGAUACAGAUGCUGCUGUCUACUUAACAAGAAUCACACAGCCAUGGACAGUUAGCGAUGUCGAAUGGACAGAGGACCUCAAGGUUAAGGCCAUUGUUUGGCUUGCCGAGAAGCUCCACAAGCCACUCCUCGCUCUCACAGACGAUGACUACAAUAACAACGGCCUUGCCGCUAUUAUUGCUGAUAAGUCCGCUUACGAGGUCAACAACUGCGUCUUCGCCAAGAUCCAGUCCACAAUCACAAACACACCAACAAACGGUCAGAAGAAGAAGAUCAUCAUCUUCUCACCACAUCCAGAUGACGAUGUUAUCUCAAUGGGUGGCAUGUUCGACAGACUUGUUGAGCAGGGCAACGAAGUUCACGUCGCUUACGAGACAUCCGGCAACUACGCUGUUGCUGACACAGAAGCUCUCAGAUACUGCGAAGUCUUCAAGGCUCUUGGCUUAACAAACGACAAGAAGCUCGACGAGAUGAUCCACUUCCUCAAGACAAGAAAGCCAACAGAGAAGGAUUCAAUGGAUGUCCGCGGCCUUAAGACAAGAAUCAGAAAGUACGAGUCAAUCGGUGCUACAAGAUUCCUCGGCGUUCCAGAUGAGAGAGUCCACCACCUUAACUUACCAUUCUACGAAUCCGGUGGCGAGAAGAAGCUCCCAAUCGGCGAGGCUGACUACAAGAUCAUCAUGGAUCUCAUCGAGUCUGUCAAGCCAGACCUCAUCUUCGCUGCUGGCGACUUCGCUGAUCCACACGGCACACACAAGGUCUGCUUCGAUGGCGUCAACGAGUCCCUCCACAGACUGAAGAACCAGCCAUGGAUGAAGGAUGUCACACUCUGGCUCUACCGUGGUGCUUGGAUGGAAUACAACAUGGAAGAGAUCGAAAUGGCUAUCCCAAUGACACAGGAACAGGUCAUGAGAAAGAGAAAGGCUAUCUUCUUCCACCAGUCCCAGAAGGAUGGCGCUCCAUUCCUUGGCGAUGACCCAAGAGAAUUCUGGCAGCGCGCUGAGGCUAGAAACAGAGCUACAGCUGAACGCUUCAGAAACCUCGGAUUCCCAAAAUACCAGGCCAUCGAGGCUUUCAGAAGAUACCCAUUCUAA